UUCCCAACCCAGGUCUGCCACAUUGCGGGCAGAUUCUUUUAUCAGCUGAGCCACAAGGGAAGCCCCGACUAGUGCAUACUUAGGGGCCAAUAUUAUUUUCACCUCUUCCAAGCCUAAUACAUUUGCCGCCACAGACAACAAUCUAGUGAGCAAUUAUUAUUAUUUUCCUACUUAAAAGGACGCACGUUGGGAAUUCGCUGUACCAGACAGCGGUUGCUCCAAAUUUUCAUUAAAGUCUGUAAUUCUUUUGUUAGGGUUUGUAAUUGGCUUUCUUAGCAUUAUGAGGGAAAACGUAAUGGAGGUGGCAAUGGGCAGGUAGACAUAAUUCGAUACAAGACCACAGUAAUCUCGAUGGCAGCUCUUAUAAUGAGAUCUGCUUGCAUGGUUCUCUGAGACUUGGGCUUGCCCCUUUCCUGACGAUCCUGUUUCUUCCGGGAUUGGGUAGAACGGGUAGAAUUCUAAACUCCUGAAAUUACUAGUGUUGGUGGCCCCUGGUGACAGGUCGAGUUCUCAAGUCCUCAGUCCUCAAACAUCACCUUUCAGGCCUCAUUCGGAACAUGACAAAGCCACACGAGUCCCCGGCCCGUCUCCCACGAGGAUCUCCGUUCACCUGAGUAAGCCAGCGCACUGCCUCCGAACCAGCUUCGACUUCGUCGAAAUAAUACCACAGACGUCAUACUCCCGCGACUCCCGCGACUCCCGCCUAACUCAAGAGCCCGCCAGCGGAACGCAUGCGCAGAACUGGCGAGGGCCCGCAGCCAGCCAGGCGUCGCAGGCGUGUGUACAGCGGUCAUAUUCUCCGAAAGGCCUGCUUCCUUCGUCGCGGUGAGGCAGUUCUUGGCGGCGACUAUGUAGUAUCACUACCCGAAGAGAAACAAAGGAAGAGAUUGUCCCGUCUCUGGCGCGCUUCCGUUUCAAACCCUAACUUCCGGUUCGUUAGCCGGUUCCGGUCCCCGCCUCUCACUUCCGGUCGCCGUGGGUUUCUCUGCGGUCGGUUCUUGCAUCCGCUGUUGUCGGUUCCGCUGUGCUCCAGGUAUCUUUUUCAGAAGGAAAGCUGCCUUAUCAUAUGUUUCAAGGAUGGCUCUUCCUAUCAUCGUAAAAUGGGGUGGACAGGAAUAUUCAGUGACCACACUUUCGGAAGAUGAUACUGUGCUGGAUCUCAAACAGUUUCUCAAGACCCUUACAGGAGUGCUACCAGAACGCCAGAAGUUACUUGGGCUCAAAGUUAAAGGCAAACCUGCAGAAAAUGAUGUUAAGCUUGGAGCUCUCAAACUGAAACCAAAUACUAAAAUCAUGAUGAUGGGAACUCGUGAGGAGAGCUUGGAAGAUGUCUUAGGUCCACCUCCUGACAAUGAUGACGUUGUUAAUGACUUUGAUAUUGAAGAUGAAGUAGUUGAAGUAGAAAAUAGGGAGGAAAACCUACUGAAAAUUUCCCGCAGAGUAAAAGAGUACAAAGUGGAAAUUUUGAAUCCUCCCAGGGAAGGGAAAAAACUUUUGGUACUAGAUGUUGACUAUACAUUAUUUGACCAUAGGUCUUGUGCAGAGACUGGGGUAGAAUUAAUGCGGCCAUAUCUUCAUGAAUUCCUAACAUCUGCAUAUGAGGAUUAUGACAUUGUUAUUUGGUCUGCAACAAAUAUGAAGUGGAUUGAAGCUAAAAUGAAAGAGCUGGGAGUGAGUACAAAUGCAAAUUACAAGAUUACCUUCAUGUUGGACAGUGCUGCUAUGAUAACAGUGCACACUCCGAGGAGAGGAUUAAUAGAUGUAAAGCCUCUUGGUGUUAUAUGGGGAAAGUUUUCGGAGUUUUACAGCAAGAAAAACACCAUCAUGUUUGAUGACAUAGGACGAAAUUUUCUUAUGAACCCACAGAAUGGGCUAAAGAUAAGACCUUUUAUGAAAGCACACCUAAAUCGAGAUAAAGACAAAGAACUUUUAAAAUUAACCCAAUACCUCAAGGAAAUAGCAAAACUAGAUGAUUUUUUGGACCUGAAUCACAAAUAUUGGGAAAGGUAUCUCUCAAAGAAGCAAGGACAGUAGUUAUAAGCUGUACUAGCAAUUAUUGAAGAUACUUGAUAUCCAGGAACAACUUCUCGCUUUUAUGCUAAAGAUCAUUAUGAUAGUGCUGGACACUGCAGCAAAUACCGACUGCUUAUACUUGGUCUUCCAGUUUUUUUGUAAAUUUAAUUUUAUAUUUUUUGAAGAUCAUAGCAAUACGCCAAAAAAGAAGAAAAAAGCUCCCCCCAUAUGAAUAUACUGUAGCUCUUAAAAAAUAUUUUAUCCAGCAUAGAGUAGUGAGUACCCCUGCCCACACACAGACACAAAGUGGCAGAAAUGUAUACUUAACAAUGUCAUUUUGUGACUUUGGAAACAAAUAUGUCUCCUGUUUUUGUCUCAAUGUGUUGUCUAAGCCCAAACCCAUCUGGAAACUACUGUUUUUCUGUUUAAAACCAAGAAAAGAAAUGUUUUUAGUAAGGAACCUAAUUUGGUUUGCUUAAAAUCACCAAGAUUUUUUUUUUUUCAUUUCUUUGUCAUAAACACAAUUUCUCUUCUUACUCCACUACUUACAUUUCUAAAUUUUGACCUGUCUCAGUUGGGUCUGUAUGUGUGUCAGUGUUCUUUGAGUAAAACUGGAAAACGUCUGCUGUGAUACACAUACGUCAUAGUAUGACAAGUAGUAAACAUAAGACUGAGGAAUGAAAGUACAGAACUAGAGUGUGUUUCCUUGUGGUGGCCAAGUAGAAGCACUCCUGCCUCAAACCAUUGUCCGAAAAGCAGUACAUUUUCAAGUGGGAUGUAUCACUGGUUCAACCCUGAAAAGCAUGAACAAAAAGUUUUUGUUCUGUUCCAGCUCUGUCUUGUAGAAGUGCAGACACUGUGUUUCAGUGAAAAUACCUAGCCAUAAGAUGAAAAAGAAUUUAUUUGCAAUGCUUGUGCCUGCAGAUAUGUCAUGUGACCACUGUUUUGUGUUGACAGUAUUGCUUUAUACAGUUCUUCUCUUUGAAAGGAAUCAGAUUCUUUCAAAUAAACAUGGUAUAUAUUGUUCUUAUGGGGGACUAUUUCAGUGGUGUAAAUAAUAAAUUUCUUUUCUUAAGA